GCUGUGGGAGGAGCUUUUGUCACUGCAAGCCUUCACUGUUCCUGGAACAUCUACACAGAGAAGACCACACACACACACACACAUAGCUGGAGGGAAGCAGAACAGAGACAACAGACAACGCAUCUGGUGCUCCAGAGCAUAUCAACAUUAGGACAAACUCUUUGCUGUACAAACUGCCGAGGGGGAUCCAAGCUGGGAAAUGCUUGUCUACCUGGGCGUGAUGCUGUUGUUCUGCUUCCUGUACUGGUGGUACAGAGACAUUAAGCAGAUAACGGCGGUAUCGGACAAGCACGUGUACAUUACGGGCUGUGACUCUGGCUUUGGACAUCUUCUGGCCCAACACCUGGACAAGCAGGGUUUCCACGUCCUGGCUGCUUGUUUCACCGAGCAGGGGGCCCAAGAACUGAAGGACAAGACUUCUUCAAGACUCAAAACCUUCCAGCUUGAUGUCACCAACUCCGAAAGCAUUGGGAAGGCCGCAGAAUUUGUCAAGUCCCAGGUUAAAGACAAAGGGCUGUGGGGCCUGGUGAACAAUGCCGGGAUCUCUCAACCCAGUGGUCCGAGUGACUGGCUGACCAUUGAUGACUACAAGGUGCAGCUGGACGUUAACCUGAUAGGACUGAUCGAGGUCACGCUCAGCAUGAUCCCGCUGAUAAAGAGGGCGAGAGGCAGGAUUGUGAACAUGGCCAGCAUAUGUGGCAGGGUGAGCAACGUCGGAGGAUCAUACUGCAUCUCCAAGUUUGGCGUCGAAGCUUUCAAUGAUAGUCUCAGGAGGGAUCUACAAUGCUUCGGAGUGAAGGUGGCUUGCAUCGAGCCAGGCUAUUUCAAAACGCAUAUAACCAACCCUGACAUAAUAAAGGAGAAAUUCAUCAAGCUGUGGGACCGGUUACCACGAGAUGUGCAGGAGGAUUACGGGGAUGACUACCUGGACAAAACUUGUUCACUCAUCAAGAAGUAUAUUGAGAAGCUGGCCGAGCCGAACCUGAUGAAGGUCGUGUGGCGGAUCCACCACGCUCUGACCUCCGUUCACCCUCGCUCGCGGUAUGCCGUGGGAAUAGACGCUAAACUGCUCUGGAUUCCUCUCUCCUAUAUGCCAACAGCAUUCACUGAUUUUCUGUUGGAGCGGGACAAAGUUAAGCCAGCAAAAGCUGUCUAUUAACAACUUCCUUGAGACUGAUGUGUAGGAAAGAACUGCAGAUGCUGGUUUAAAUCGAACAUGGACACAAAAUGCAGGAGUAACUCAGAGGGACAGGCAGCAUCUCUGGA